CGCCAUCCUAUUCUUAAACAUUUUACUUCACUUCUUUUUCUCAUUCUUCUCUUGGUUAUUCUGCUGCAGCUGCUACUACUUUGCUACUCCAGAACCAUUCUCUACGUUAUGUGUUUUCACUAGAAACAUUCUUAACAUACACAUUACUAACAAACAAAUAAAUAUGCAAACCUUCAAAACUGCUCAAUCAAACUCUCAACUCUAUUGCCACCAGUCCUUCUUACUUCGGGGAGACGAUAUAAAUAGAAACCAGAUGCGCUUUUCUGAUCUUGGAGAUUUUCACCAUUGUUCUCCUUUCUUUCAACAACAAGAUGCUCUUGAUUUAACUUCAACUUGUAUGUUUAACAGUGUAAAGUCCAACAAUCUUGUUAUUGGUGCUAGUAACAUGCAUUAUGGAACAACAAUCAAUACGAAUGUUGGUUCUGCGGAGAUAGCUUCAAAUGGCGCAGGAUGUUCGGAAGCAGGGCAGCAGCAGCAACUGAUGUACAGCAAGGGAAUAACUUCCUUGCCUUUGGGGAAUAGUCAUGUUGAGAAUUGGGCUGAUUCUGGAAUGGCUGAUAAUAGCCAACAGACUGAUGAUAAUUCUACUGAUAUUGAUAUUGAUACUGAUGAUAAACACCAAUCCAAUAGAGGAAAUGCUCACUCCAAGGAUCAGACAAAGUUCAGAGCUGAAGAUCACAAGACACUUCGUAGACUUGCUCAGAAUCGCGAGGCGGCAAGGAAGAGCCGAUUACGGAAGAAGGCUUAUGUUCAGCAGCUGGAGAGCAGCCGAGUCAAGCUUGUGCAAUUAGAGCAAGAGCUUCAACGAGCACGUCAACAGGGCAUCUUUAUUGCAAAUUCUGGAGAUCAAGGUCAUUCGACUGUUGGAAAUGGUGCCUUGGCAUUUGAUUUGGAAUAUGGGCACUGGGUUGACGAGCACCAACGUCUGCUCAAUGAUCUAAGAUCUGCAUUAAAUUCUCAAAUGGGUGACAAUGAAUUGCAUCUUCUUGUUGAUGGUGUUAUGUCACAUUACAACGAAUUAUUCAGGUUAAAGAAAAUAGGGGCAAAGGCAGAUAUAUUUCACAUGCUUUAUGGGCUGUGGAAGACACCGGUAGAAAGAUUUUUUAUUUGGCACGGUGCAUUCCGUUCAUCAGAACUUCUUAAGAUAGUCAAGAGCCAUCUGGAGCCGUUAACCGAAAAUCAAAUGGUGGGAAUUUGUAAUCUGCAGCAGUCUACACAGCAGGCUGAGGAUGCAUUAUCACAAGGCAUGGAAGUAUUGAAACAAUCUCUUUUAGAAAUACUUUCUUCUACCUCUUCGGUAGCUAGCACUGGUUCUGGAAAUGUUGCUGAUUACAUGGGCCAAAUGGCAUUUGCAAUGAGCAAGCUUGCAUCACUCGAGGAAUUCCUUCAUCAGGCUGACCUCUUGAAGCAAGAAACUCUGCAACAGUUGCAAAGAAUUUUGACAACGCGCCAGACGGCUCGGGCUCUCCUUGUCCGAAAUGAUUACAUUUCAAGACUAAGAGCACUUAGUUCUUUAUGGCUAGCUCGCCCAAGGGAGUAAUCAUCUUGAUCUAGCUAUGGUGCAUUUUCUAUGUUACCUCUAAUACUAACUGGAUAUUUAUUUGUGUUAGUUGUGUAAUAGAAACUCAGUGAUCAAAUACUGUGACCCUCAAGUGUAGAGCGUUGUUAAUAAUCUGUUAUACUGAGAUAAAACCUUAUUUCUGGA